AUGCUGAAGGAAGCCUCCUUUUGGACCGCCGAGGAAAUUGACCUGUCUGCCGACUUGGACGACUGGGACGCGCUGAAGGACGGUGAGCGGCACUUCAUCAAGCACGUGCUCGCGUUUUUCGCGGCGAGCGACGGCAUCGUGCUCGAGAAUCUCGCCAGCCGCUUUUUGGUCGAAAUCGAAGGCAUGCACACAGAGUUCGGCGCGUUGCUCUACAACUGUUUGCAGGACCGCUUGCCGCAAGAACAGGCCUACGCGAUCGUCUGCGAGGCGCUCGACGUAGAGCGCCACUUCAUCACCGAGGCGCUGCCGGCCGGGCUGAUCGGCAUGAACGCAGACUUGAUGGUGCAGUACCUGGAGUGCGUUACCGACCGGCUGCUCACCUCCGUGGGCUACGAGCCGUUCUACGGCUCGCAAAACCCGUUCAGCUGGAUGGAGAUGAUUAGCUUGCAGGGCAAAACGAACUUUUUCGAAAAGCGCGUCGGAGACUACCAAACUGCCGGCGCGAAGUCGGAAAACCUGGACGCCAGUUUCGCAACCGACUGCGAAUUUUAA